GCGUGUGACAGCGUUGGCUUGUCUUAUAAUGACGCCAUUUUACCCUUGAAAUUGUAACGACCUGCCUUUAGGUUUUUGACUGAUCUUGUCUUGUGAAAUGCCUAAUGAUUUGACGUGGUCUUGAAAACACGUGGUAUAUCCCCUUCAGAAAAUUGAGUAACACUGAAUAUUAAAGCAGAAUGCCGGCUAAGCUUGUAUGCCGGCCUUGUCUCGAUUACUAAAAACAUGCUUGUAAUUUCGUCAGUGCGCACUGUUGCACAUUUCCCUGUGUCUUAUCUAUGUGGCCAUGACCUCAGCUGUUGUCCAACGCAUUAUUUCAACAGGGUUGCGUGUGUGUGUUUUGUAAUGAUGUGUAAAACCUAUGCAAGAGUAGAAUUUAAAUGUAUAAGCACAAAUGGGUGGAUGGAUGACUAGUGAACAGUAAAUGCACAACUAGGUCAGGCGUUACUUUUGCUAAGAUGUUUGACUCUGUCCUUCAAACACUGAGAGGCUUAAUCUAAUCUGUUCUAGACUUCUAAGCUUGCCACUGACAAGGUUACACAUUUAAUAAAGGAUGUCCUAGGGAGUGCCGUAAAGACCUGAAUAAAAUUUUGUGCGGAAAUUACUGAAAGCACUGUGUGAAGCAGUUUUUCCUUAAGCAAUGGGCCGUUUCCAAGUGCAAUUACACAGUCUGAGUCGUAAAACUCCUAAGCCAGAUGUGUCGGGUUAACGCACAGUGUUUCCACAGCAGAGCAAAUGACCUGUUCUUUGACCAUAGCUGUUCAUUGCUUUUGGCCAGUAAACUCUUAAGAUGUAGUGGUACAAUGGGAGCCAUCGUGACCUGUCCCCUGGAGGUGUUGAAGACACGGUUGCAGUCCUCGGGCCUCACCCUCCGGCCUGUCUUCCAGGUCCAGUUGGGUACCCUGAGUGGCACGGGGGUUAUCCGACCAGGGGGUGUUACACCUGGACUGCUGCAGGUCCUACGAUCCAUUCUUGAAAAAGAGGGACCAAGAUCUCUUUUUCGUGGACUGGGUCCGAAUCUUGUCGGUGUUGCCCCUUCAAGAGCCAUUUACUUUGCUGCAUACUCCAAAUCUAAAGAGCUGUUCAAUGGACUGUUUGUCCCUAAUAGUGGAUUGGUACACAUGUCCUCGGCUGGUGUUGCAGCUUUUGUUACCAACUCUCUGAUGAACCCCAUCUGGAUGGUCAAGACCAGGAUGCAGCUGGAGAAAAAAGCCAGAGGAGAGAAGAAGAUGAAUGCACUGCAGUGUGCUCGAUAUGUUUACAAAACGGAAGGGGUCCGGGGCUUCUACCGCGGCCUGACUGCAUCCUAUGCUGGCAUUUCGGAAACCAUGAUCUGCUUCCUCAUCUACGAGACACUGAAGAAACACCUCGCCAAGAGACAGUUCAGCUUACCGAACGGUGAAAAGGAGAAAAGAGCAUCGGACUUCCUGAGCCUGAUGAUGGCAGCUGCUUUUUCAAAGGGUUGUGCAUCCUGCAUAGCGUAUCCACACGAGGUCAUUCGGACAAGGCUGCGUGAAGAGGGCAGCAAGUACAAGUAUUUCUUCCAGACAGGGAGGUUAAUAGCAGUGGAGGAAGGUUAUGCAGCUUUUUAUAGAGGACUCAUUCCACAGCUAAUUAGGCAAAUCCCUAACACAGCCAUCGUCCUCUCCACAUAUGAACUCAUUGUCCAUCUGCUGGGAGACUCCAAGUGAAGACAUGUUUGAAAGUGGGGAUUUUCCUGACAAACUGUGGAUGCCACACAGAACCCAAAGCACACUGGCCCUAAAGACUUUUGAAAAUGCAGCACAUAGUUUUUUAAUGUGGUGCUACAGAGACUCUCAUCAUGGAACUAAAGCAGGUUGUACUGUUAUCCAAAGAGCUAAACGCAUUAUUUUACUGACAGAUUGUUAGUUUAUUAAAAAUACACAAGAAGUUGUGGUACUCAUUGAACCUCUAAACCUGUGGGAAAAGGUCAUCUUCUCUGAGGACUAGCUUUAAGUUAAUUAAAUUAUUUUUGUUCUGUUAUAUUGUUUUUGGACUGUGUUUGUUUUCUUGUAUCAGUGGUAAAUGUACCAGCAUGCAUGACUUGGCAGGUUUGAAGGAAUAUUAUUCAAAAGCACUAGUAGUACUGCUGUUAUAGAUUAUUUUCAAAUUCCUGUUAUUCUUUGACACAGUCUGCUGGAUUUGAAGUUUAAGUUAACAGAGAAAUCUGUCAUAUUUUUUUUAUUAAUAUAUUGCACAUCUACAGACUUAUCUGUAUGUUUUCUUUGGGGAGGGGGGGGAAAUAGGCACCUUUUACGAUUAUAGGUAAACUUGGAUGCUUAGUUGACCAGUGGCUCAAUAAAACGCAUCAGUUGGCUGAAAAAUUA